UACAGAUUCCACGUGAUCUCGUGUGAAAGGUCACGUCCGUCGCCGGCCAUGAUCGAUGACGACUUGAAGGAGCGCUAUCGGCACGUAUGGGCGUCCCUGGAAAAGGAGGAGAAGGCGCUGGCUUUGGAGAAGAAGAGCCUGAGCGACGAGUGGAUCGUGAUCGAAAAGUGCCAACAGUGUUACGAGAAGGACAGGGCGACGUUUGAAGCGAUGGUGCGCGCAAAGUUUGAGUUCCUGCCCGACGACGACGUCGUUCAGUUCAACAUUGGCGGCAAACUAUUCAAGUCCACUGUGAAGGUGUGGACGCGCGACCGGUUCUCGAUCCUGGCCCAGUUGUGCACGACCAUGCCCAAGCUCAGUCGCGACGGCCGCGGCCACUUUUACUUUGAUCGGGACUGGUGGAUCUUCAAGUACAUUUACGCGUUCCUGCGGGACAAAACGCUGCCGCACUCGCUCGAUGUCCUCCGUGACUUGUACUACGAAGCAUCGUACUACCGCAUCACGCUCCUGCGCCAUGCCAUCGAAGCGUAUUUGAAGAACCAAACGAGUGGCCACGAAGCAGCCAAAGUCCACCACGCGUUUGUAUCGUCCGACGAAAUCUACCGUCUCCCGCAUGGAACCACUCCAACGAUGACGGAGCAGGAGUGGGCGAUGAAGCGGCCACCUGACUCAAGCACUGCUGCAUCCGAAUGCAAACCUGUGCGCAGGCCGUCGAUGACGAAAGGUAAAGAGCCCGAGCUUCGAGCGCCGCCGCAUGUCCACCCAUUCCGCCACGAAGAGACAAAAAGCCGACUAAACACGCACGUCCAGCCGCCGUACACUUUGCCGCACUACGACCAGCCACCGUACGAUCCAGCUCUGGACUUUCUCGAUCGACGACACCACUCCAACCACACCCAUUUCCCCCAUCAUUCGAACCAUCGCACGUCCGAUUACGAUUACGACCAGUCGGACCACCGAAUGCCUUGUCGGGACGAGGACGACCAUCUGCGCCGCAGAGGGGGCAGCUUCGGAGAUGAGUAUGGACGAGGAAGCGCCCCCCGUCGAGCGCGCGACGGCGACCGAUGGCAGCACCCUAUGGCCUUUGAUUCCCGUCGAGACACGUACAACACUGACAACGACCGAAUCCGUGAUCGCCAUGAAAUGCAUCAUGGUGACUGGGACGUGAAGUGGCAUUCGCCGUCUUCCACUAUGCAUGAUCGAAGAAGGUACGAAGUCGACGUGUCUGGUCCGGGACACCACGACAGACGACAUCGACAUCCCCAUAGCGAUGGCAAUCCAAAAAUGGCACACCUGCACGGAGGUACGCCGCUGUCGCCACCUCUAGCCGACCCCCAUGGAUUCCUCUCCCGACGGAAAAUGAGCAGCAUGUAAUGCAGCACCAUCUUGGCAUGUUGUACAAAAAUUGAUGGCUCAGGCAGACUAGUCCGCUAUUUUGGAGGGACGUGAAUUACGGAGGCGCAUCGUGCAACCACCGCUCGUCUACAACACACGGACGUUGAGAGAUGCCCAAAGUCCGCCUGACGCACCUGCACUGGGGCGGGAUGGUCCUCGACGCAUGCCAAGCUUACCCUGUCGACGUCGAUCGGAUGUGCUGAGUCCAAUAAACGGCGAUCGAGGUGACCCCAGACACGACAUAUCCAACGGAGGGAUGCUGAUCUGUCUUCGCCGCACGGCUAACGGGACUUGUGGAGGCCUUGGACGGUUGUACGGCGGCGAGUCGGGAAUGUCCGCGCCCAUCUCGUCGCCUCUUCCACCGUUGGAGAAUGCUCGACGCUCAACUGCG